AUGGGCGCACCUGAUGUGGCCGAGUUGAAUUUCACUGAUUCCGAGUUCGCUCAUCAUGUUAGAACUGCUCUUAGAGCUGCUGUUAAGGGUGACUGCGACUUUUAUAACCAGCUUGUAGCUGUGAUACACCAUAAAGAACGUCUGGCUGCCGAGGAGAUGUGUCUGAAAGCGGUCACAGGAUCAGUCUUGUGUAUAGACAUUGUUCAUCAUCAGACACUCCUUGCUGCAAUAUUUGGAAUGAGUCUGUGGAACUACGGGACUGAUGUGAUGGAUGCUCUGGUUGAAUUGCUGGUUUCCUUGGCCUCAUCAAGUGGUGAAUAUGUUGAUUUGUGCUUGGAUAUGCUUGUUGUGAAUUUUGUGCCCCCAUUCACUUCUCCUUCAGCUACGUACUUUCUGGAACUAUUGAAGCAACCUCAUGGCCUUGCUAAGAAGACUCAAGUUCUUCACCGAGUCCACUCAACUUUGAAAGAUAUUGCAAAUGUAGUCCCUCUUUCACCUGUGAGACUGGACAAGAUAGUGAGGGAUAGAAUGCCAAACAUAUAUGCCAAAGAACCACACAUUGUGAUGUAUGUAGAGAAUAUGCUGAGGUUAGAGGGUGGUGUGAUGGGUGAACUUGUUGGAAGCACAAUUCUCGUUGUAUUAGUGGAUAGACUGAUUGAGUUAGAUGUGGAAAUAGCAUGGGAUGAUAUUUUGCAGGAUGAUUUCCAAAAGGGUAUUUUUGAUAUGGAACUUGAGGACCUCGAUGGGCAUGCAGACGGUAUCGAACGUGACUCUAAUGAGCUUACUAGGGAAGCCCUGAUACAAAGGUUCUUCAGUGGAAACUUAGUUGCUGAAAAGUUAGAUAGCCUGAUGGUAAUCACAUUUGAACACAUUAAAUCUUGUUUUGAGAGUGGACGUCUAGUUCAGGUGUUCGAGAUCCUUCUCCAAUCGUUUCAGAAAACAGUUUUGACUGCAUAUAAAGCAAAAUUUACCCAGUUUGUCAUGUUUUAUGCUUGCUCCUUGGAUCCUGAAAAUUGUGGAAAGAUGUUCCCUAACGUGCUUCUAAAUAUCUUCCUGAGCAGUCCCAAUCCUGAGUGGAGAAUGGGUGCCGUUGCAUAUCUUGCUAGUUAUUUGGCUCGUGCUAAAUUUGUGCCUCUAUCAUUUGUCGUGGACAUGCUGGAAAGUGUGGUGAACUGGUGUUUUCUUUAUUGCAAAAAUCAGGAAGGUGACAUAAAUCCAAAAGCUCAUAAAGUAUUUUAUGCUGGGUGCCAGGCGAUUAUGUAUGUUCUUUGUUUUCGAAUGAAACAAAUUGUUUCGGUACCACGCCUCAAGUCCCAGCUACUGCUCAUGCGUAUUGAGGAAGUCCUUGGACACCCCUUAAGAUCACUGCAGGUGUGCUUGCCAUCAAUAGUAGAAGAAUUUCUUUGGCUGGUGAAGGUAAAUGGUGUAUUUUCUCUGCCUCAAAGUUCGGUUAAAUUCGGUGUCUUGGAAUCAGAACAUUCAAUGGCAUUUGGCGGGUUAAAAAGAUUUGAUAUGUUCUUCCCAUUUGAUCCCUGCCUAGUAAGGAAAUGCGACAGAUAUAUCCGGCCAAAUUACGUCUAUUGGUCAAUGGUAAGAAGUAGUUAUGAUGAAGAUGAUGGCGAAUGUACGAGCGAUGAAGAUGAGCCCUAUGCAGAAAGAGAUGGGAUGAGUAUUCCAGAUGAUGGGAGGAGAAGUUAUGAUGAGGAAAAUUCUGAUGCUGACGAAUUUGAAUAUUCUCUGGACAAAAUGUCCAUUACGCCUAGAGACUCGAGCAGUAAGUUUGGAGGCGGACUACAAAGAUUCGUCCAGAUGCCCUCGAAGAUCAGGCCUUCGAUGAGUCCCGAGUCAUUUUGA